GCUAAUGUAUAGAAUUUCGAAAUUCAACAGCAAAAUUAUCCAAGACUUAAAUCACCCACCACCAGAUGUUGCUUUCUCAGCAGCAGCUCCGCCUCUUCUCCGCCCCAAUCCACCUCCUCUCCCCCUUCCCAUUCUCGCAUUCCCUCAAUUUUCCCCUGAAAUCCACCAAACAAUGCACUCGCUGCUCCGCCCGCAAAUUAUCGAUUGCGCAGCUAUCCGAAGAACCCACCGCCGCCACCGCCACCGCCACCACCACCACCGCCACCGCCAGCUCCCCGCUGGAGGAGGGCCCCGUUGAGAUCCCACCCUCAAUUUCCCCACUAUUCGCCACCGACGACGACCCCACACCUCUCCAAACUGCCACCAGCGUUCUCCUCACCGGCGCCAUCACGAUUUUCCUCUUCCGCUCCCUCCGCCGUCGCGCCAAGCGUUCGAAAGAGACGAAAUUUAGAUCAUCUGGUGAAAAGAAAUCGCUCAAGGAGGAGGCUUUGGAUAGCUUGAAAUCCGUUACUCUUUCGCCAGCUGAUAGCAAGUCUCCGCCUUCGCCUGUCCAGGCGUUUUUGGGCGCAGUAGCAGCUGGCGUGCUCGCACUCAUUCUGUACAAAUUCACGACCACGAUUGAAGCUUCUCUCAACCGCCAAGCAAUUCCAGAUAAUUAUUCAGUUCGACAGAUAACCAUAACCAUAAGGACGAUCAUCAAUGGUUUGUGCUACCUUGCUACGUUUGUUUUCGGUAUCAAUUCUCUAGGUUUGCUUCUUUACUCCGGCCAGCUUGCCUUCAACUCGUUAAUGGACGAAUCCGAGAAUGAGGACGAAGCACCGCCAAGACCAGAUGAUGACUCUGGAUUAACGAGUGCCACCGAGGAUCAAAGUUCCGAUGAAACACAGUAAUAGAUACGGCGAUUGGACGGCCAUCUUCGUAGAAUUCGAGAACUCUGUGUCGUGAUACGGUAGUGGACAGGUUUGUGUCUUCUAUUUGUAUAUGAAGAAUCAUUGAGCUUUCACACUAGAGAAGAAUCACAAACUUCCCAAUUAUUUAUAUGAAAUUUUUGGUAUUAUUGUUA